AUGCAGAAUGAGGAGGGUGACUCAGAUUGUGUAGAUUUUGAUGAUACAAAGAGUUUGAAUAGUGAUUGCGAUUCUGAAUUUGAAGAUUGUAACUUUCCAAAGCAUAACCUAAAAAUAGGUGCCUUUAAUCCUGAAUUAGAGCUGGGAAUGGUAUUUGAUAACAAAAAGGAAUUCAAGGAAGCCGUGGUUGAAAAUCAAGCCAAAAUAGGAAAGUCAAUUCGGUGGACCAAAGAUGACAGAGAAAGAGCUAGGGCCAAAUGCAGAACUAAUGCUUGUAAGUGGAGGAUAUUGGGAUCACUAAUGCAAAGGGAUAUAUCUACUUUUCAAAUCAAGACGUUUGUUUCCGAGCAUACUUGUUUUGGGUGGAACUAUAACAACAAAACCAUCAAUUCUAGUUGGAUUGCAAGGAAGUAUGUUGAUAGAGUUAAAUCAAAUAAGAACUGGAGAAUAUCAGAAUUCAGAGAUACAUUGAGUAGGGAAUUAAAGUUGCAUGUGAGUAUGCAUCAAGCAAGAAGGGCAAAGGAAAAAGCUAUUGCAAUGAUCGAUGGAGAUAUAAAUGAUCAGUUUGCUUGUAAAGCAGGAUUUAAGGCUGGUUGUCGAAAGAUUAUUGGGGUCGAUGGAUGUUGGCUGAAGAAUACUAUGUAUGGGGCACAAUUGCUAUCAGCUGUUACUUUGGAUGGAAAUAAUAACAUCUUUCCAAUAGCUUAUGCAAUAGUCGAGAAAGAAAAUAAGGAAAUAUGGCAAUGGUUCUUAACCUACUUGAUGAAUGAUCUUGAGAUUGAAGAGCAAUACUUGUGGACUUUUAUGUCAGAUAAGCAAAAAGGGCACAUUGAAGCUUUUGAUUUAGUGUUGCCUGGUGUUUCUCAUAGAUUUUGUGUGCGACAUUUGCAUAACAAUUUCAAGAGAGCUGGUUAUUCUGGAAUGGCUUUAAAAAAUGCUCUUUGGAAGGCAGCUUCAGCAACAACUAUUGACAGGUUUGAUGCUUGUAUGACUGAUUUGUUUGAAUUAGAUAAAGAUGCUUAUGCAUGGCUUUCUGCUAAAUUGCCUAGUGAAUGGUCAAGAUCACAUUUCUCGCCUCUUCCUAAAUGUGACAUUCUUUUGAACAACCAAUGUGAGGUUUUUAAUAAGUUUAUUCUUGAUGCAAGAGAUAAACCAAUUGUUAAACUUUUGGAGACCAUUAGGCACUUACUCAUGACAAGAAUUAAUUCUAAUAGGGAGAAAGCUGAAAAAUGGAACUUGAAUGAUAUUUGUCCUACUAUUAAGAAGAAGUUAGCCAAAACUAUGAAGAAAGCUGCUAAUUAUAUUCCCCAAAGGUCGAACAUGUGGAACUAUGAGGUAAUUGGGCCGGUCGAAGGUGAUAAUUGGGCUGUUGACUUAUAUAACAGAACCUGUAGUUGUAGGCAAUGGGAAUUAUCAGGAGUUCCUUCUUCAAUAUUGCCCAUGAAUGGCCCUGAUUUAUGGCCUAAGUCACUGAAUCCUCCACCAUUUCCACCGUCUUACUUGAAUAAUAAGAAGAAAGGAAAGAAACAAAAAUUAAGAAGGAAAGAAGAUGAUGAGCCAGGGGCUAGCAGGAUGAAGUUAAAACGGAAACAAAAAUCAGUUGAUUGUAGAAAAUGUGGUAAACCUGGCCACAACAGUAGAACUUGCAGUUUCUCCUCAGAUGACAUUGAAAUUCAUCCGUCGAACUACCUUUGUAGUUUGGACUCCAUCAUGGUCGAGGAAGCAUCAAGUUGCCAAAAUGUUGAAAGGCUACCUGUUAGAAGAGGUACAUCUCAAGCCAGCCAACAACGUCAGAGCUUUCCAUUUUCUCUAUGA